AUGACCGUUUGUCUUAAUUAUGAUCCCGAAAAUGUUUAUAAAAGACUUAAAGUGGUUGAAUUUCCCAUAUGUAUUGUUGGAUUAUCUAUCUCAAAAAUAAUUGACAUAGAGGAGUCCGAUUUAUACACAUCUGCAUAUCUAAAAACUAUGUGUCAGGGCGCUUUAAUGAAAUUUGAAGAGGCUCGUGACAUUUCUGCGUCGCACAGGGCUUUCAAAAUAAUAAUGGUUGACAAUCAUACCAUAGAAGUAACGUUCAAGCCAACUAAUGAAUGCAUUGAAAGAGCUAAACAACUCAAAGAUUUUGACAAUAGAUUUGUGGUUGAUUUACGUCUAAUACAAGUAGAUGGGACAUUAUGUUGUGAUAAUGAAUUACAUGCUGAAAUUAGUAGAUACUAUAUUUGUGGCAAAUUUGAGCAUGUUAGGAUAUUACACGAGCCAAAAAUAUUAGAUUUUUCGCAAGUUACAUUAAAUAAGAAAGUUACAAAAUACAUAAGAAUACGAAAUGAAUCUACAUUUGUAACAGCUAAAUUUAAUUACCAGAAAGCAGUUGGCAUCCACAUAUCUCCUCAAAUAUUUAGUAUAUUGCCUUUUUCCUCACAGAAUUUAAGUGUUACUGUAAAGCCAAAUAGCUUGAAAGUAGGACAUCAAAUUGUCUUUUAUAUAAAAAACGCAAUUAACCUAUCUGAUACAAUAUUAAUGGAUAAAAAUACGGCAAAUAAUGACAACAAUUUUAUGCCAUAUAUAGUAAACUGUAAAGUAAAAGUAGUUUACCCUAUAAAGACUUGUGCUGUUUAUAUUAAAUCAUUACAUACAUUGAAUGAAUUGAAUCCUACCUAUACGUUUGUAAGCGAUGAAGUAUCAAAAGUUAAAGAAUAUCGAAAAAAGGCUUAUGAAUUCUUUGUUAUGUCAAAAUUAAAUACCAAAAAAAAAACAAUAUCCGCAAGUAAAGAAAGCAUUAUAGGGAAGGACAAGUGUUACGUAGAUUUAAGAAGUACACCAAGUUCACCAAGAAAUUUUUUGAAAGCAGAUAGUAAAAUAUUUUCAAUUUAUGACGUGUUCCUUAUUACACCUUAUCCAGCAAUGGUUGAUUUUGGUCGAGUAGGAUUAUGUUCUUAUGCUAAAAAAGUAUUGACUUUCAAAAAUUGUAGUAGUUUUGAUAUUACUUUACAUUUUUAUCACAAUGAAUAUAUUUUUUACACGGAAAAAAAAGUGCGCACUUUGAAAAUAUACGUGAAAUCUUUAAGCGAAGUAAAAGUAACUUUAUUCUGUUCAGCAUUUAUUGAAGGAAUUUAUACUGGAAAUUUUGAGUACAGCAUAAAUCAAAAGUAUUUUAGAAAAUAUAUGUAUACUCUUCAAACUGGCAACCCUACCCUAAUGCUACCCGAAAAAAAAUUAAAAUUCGGAAUGGUCACAUCUGACUUUUACACUACAUCUUCAUCAGUAAAAGUUUAUAAUCACUUCAAUGUUGACAUAGACUUCAAUUGGAGUUUUCCCCAAAAUGAUACACCAUUUGAAGUCAUUCCAAACACAUCCUUAGUACCAGGAAAUUCUUGCAGGAUGUGUGAUAUAAUAUAUAAAUGUUUGCCUACAAAACUUAAAACAUUUGAAAUUGACUUUAACUUUGGAAAAAAGACAGUUCCAGUUGAACUCAAUAUCAUCACUCGAAAACUUUCAGUAAAGUUUUUACAACCUUCAUUGACAUUCUAUAAUAUUGGUCUUAACUUAGAAAUUACUAAGAAAGUCUUUUUAGAAAAUUCAACACGUGAGCUCGCUUUCUUCUGCGUAGUAGAACCUCUACUACCAGGUUUCAGAAUAGAGCCUAUGAGUGGAAAAAUUUAUCCAAAAAUGAUACUAACAUUUGAUGUAAUUGUGAAAAUUUCUUGCGUAAUAGAAUUCACUUUUGACAUAAUCUUAAAAAUUAACAACAAAGAAAACGUUAUGCUCCCUGUAAGUGGCAACGUGGUUGAACCAAAGAUAAACAUACAGCCAAAAAAUGUUUGCAUGCCACGUAUCCCCUGUAACAUGUCAACAUACAUACAGGUAACAUUACGAAAUAUAAGUUAUGCUAGAAUAGAAAUAGAUGUGCUAAAUAUGAAUGACGAAAAUGUUUUUAAAGUAUAUAUAAACAAAGGAAAUGAAAACUAUAGAGUCUCGAAGUUGAAUAUCGAUGCGGGACAAUCAGAAACAAUAUUCAUCCAAGUAUAUGGUAUGCACAGAAAGGAGUAUGAUUACUAUAUGCCUUUUAGAAUAAAUGGCUUAAUAGGUCCUCCAGAUAAUAAUCCAGAAUCUCACGAUAUGCGAUACUACGUCCAAAAACAUGAGCAAUUUUAUGCAAAUAAUUCAAAAGUGAAAAUAAAGCCGGUUUGCAAAGAAAUUAGUUUUUGUCACCUUAUGGGCGUCAUAACCCUUCCGUGGUUAACAUUUUCUCCCGAAAAUUUUCAAAUCGUUUAUGAUCAUAACAGCACCAAUAGCAUUGAUUUUACGAUGAGAAAUGUUUCAAAAUAUAAUUUGCAUAUUACCAUUUUAACAUCAAAGCUAAUACCAAACUUUUCUUUGCAUUUAUUAUCCAAAGAAAAUAUAAAAAAUACAUGUGACAAUCAAAUAAAAUUUGAAUUGAUUUCCUUAAAAGAAGCACAAUUUUGUUUAAAAUUUCAUCCAAAGGACCACGGCAAAUUUAUAACGACGGCGCUCUUAUAUCUUGAUGUAAACAUGACGACGCCUUAUUAUAAUUUAACAUUUAUCGGUGUAAAUGAAAUACCAACUAUAAAGCCCAGUACUUUUCAGAUAAUAAUGCCACCUGCUUAUGUUGGUGAAAAAGUGUCCAAGAUUAUAACUUUAAAUAUUAACUCACAACUUGAUUUGUGUUUAAUUUCUUUCAUAUCAAGUGAACCAAACGUAGUAACAGUAAAAUUUCUUGAUUAUAAUAUACACAAUGAAAUGGAAAAUAAAACUACUUCCAUACAAGCAGAGAUAACAGUUUGCAGUCAUGUAAAAUAUAUAUCUACAACAGUUGUCACCUUCAAACACAAAAGUGGAUCAAGCUGUGAUAUAAAAGUCAAAUAUUGUUUUUCAUGUUGUCCUCUUACGUUACAUACAGCUUCUUAUGUUAAGCUUGAAGAUAAUCCGUAUCCAUUCUAUCCCAUCUCUAUCCAAGUUGGUUUUUAUAAUUACAUGGAAACGUGCUUGAAAUUUCUCGAAAAGUGGUUGUUUUACCAAGGAUUUAGAAAGGAUUUAUACCCAAAGAUUCCUGAAACAUUUCACACAGUGUCUGAUAGUACACCAUCACAAAACAAAACAAAAUCAAAAGGAAUUAACGUGUCUUAUUUAAAUUUUAUUAAAAAACUUGCUGGUCCAAUGAUAAAACACGCACAUAAAGUAACAAUGUCUAACAAAGAUGAAACAAUUCAACAAGUCAAAGAAGUUUAUGCUAUGUAUAAAGAAGUUAUUAAUUUAUUAAAAUCACGUGGUGCUAACUUAUGGGCAGUAAAACCAAAGUUCCUAUUAAGUUAUGAUCAGUUCGUUACUUUUAUAGAAAAUAUACCACCAAAGUGUAUAGCUGAUGAAUUCUUUGAUCAAGAACUUUUAAAUAAUACAACAUUAUUCGAAAGAUUAAACAAACAAUGUUGGAUAGAUUUUAUCCUUCAGAGUUAUAAAGUAUUUGUAUUGGAAAGUUGUUUUUUUGAUUGUAUAUGCGAUUCUACGCAAUCUAGAGAUAUUGUAAAUAUAUUAAUCACUUGGUAUAACGAGCAACUACUUAUUUAUUCUAAUACAUUUAGUUUGAAAAGUGGGACUGUGAAAUGUAUCAAAAACAUCACAAACGAUCUAUCUGACGGAAUUGCUAUUAUUGCUACAUUUUUAAAUUAUUGUCCUUUCUUAAAUGAACAUUUCUCAUUAAAAAGCCAUGAAAAUGAGUGCAAAUGCCAAAGUGGGAUAAUAAAUAAUGCGUGCCUCAUUAUUGAAGCAGUUAAUCAACUUCGACUUAAUUUUCCACUUACCAGUAAAGAUUUCCUAGAACCAAAUUUUUUACAAAUGCUUUUUCUAUCAAUACAUUUAUAUGUGAUUUUACCUAUGUUCAAACCAAAAGAAAAUAUUUCAUUUAACCCACCAUUGUUAAGAAGUUCCACACGAAAAAUUACGAUAACUCCAACAAGUCAAGAAUCUUUAAAUUUCAAUACUGUCCUUUUCUACAACAAAAAAAGUGGUUUUGUCGUUGAGAAAACAUUUGAUGUUGAUAAUACUAAAAGAGUCAUUGUAAGUGUUACCUUCAUUGCUAAUUUUGUAAGUGAACAAAAAUCGAUUCUCCUGGUACAUGGGUACAAUAAAACACGAAUCUUUGAUACUUACAUUAUAUUCAUUCUUUCUGGAAGUGUAGGAACAAUGACGCCUUUAAGAAAAUGCAAAGUCACAGGACCAAGUUAUAGACCACAAAAAGUAGAUAUAUUGGUAUCGUCACCUUUUAUGAUUACUGCUACUUAUCGAAUUUCUAUAACAGAUAAAGAACCUUCAGCUUCUUUAGAUAUUCGUGAAGAUACAAAAUAUAAGUUUUACGCAAGAAGACUAAAUCUCACCGAUAAAGAGGUAGUUUUAACCGGUAUACCAAAGGAAAGCGGACAAGACGUUUUAGAACACAAAAUACAUUUUCAUCUGAUAUGUUUGGACACUCAAAUCAGAAAUACUUGGGUUUGGUUUAGAAGUGAAAUCGGAGAAUUUUUUAUUAAAGUGACGUCACAACCUCGGUGCGAAAUUGUUACCGAUACUGUGUAUGCCCAUAUUGAUAAAUGGCCAUUAAUACCUUGCAGUUGCAGUGAAACUUGUGAAUGUUAUCGUACGACUGCUUUGACGAUCCCUCAUCGUAAUGAUUUGAUGAUAAAAUCACUGCGAUGUGCUCUUUUAGAAAAUGCGUCGGAAAAGAUGAUAGAAAUUUUCGAUGAACUUGUAGAAACAGCUACAGGCCGGAUAAUACUCAGCAUGUUGUUGGUUGAAGGCGGCACAAAUAUGUCCGAGGUGCGACAUAUCCUUCGUAAUGAGACCUCCUUCCUGGUAACGGCGCACGCUCUCGAAUUGGGCUUUGACCGAGUGACAUUGGCUCAGCAUACUGACGCAACUUUAGUAUUGCCAAUAACGGUACCGGUACACAAUAAAUCCGAAAAAUAUUCUGUAACUUUCACCUCAGAAUGUGGUAUGGAUGUGCGCGCUUACAGGGUCCUCUUCAUAGAGAAUGAAGAAGAAAGAGAGUGA